GCGAUUUUUUUUCCAAUGUUACUGUUGGUUUAGCGUAGCUUACAAGAAGUAAGUAAUUUAUAAUUUUAUGGAAGAAGUUUUGCUAAAUAUUAUUUCGAAAUGAAUAACGCAGUAGUGCAAAGUGAAAAGUCUGACAUUCCUCUCCCAUGGGUAGAAAAAUAUCGACCUCAAACCUUAGACGAUUUAGUGUCGCACUCUGAAAUUGUUUCAACAAUUAGCAAAUUAGUUGAUGGUGGCAACCUGCCGCAUUUGUUAUUUUAUGGACCUCCCGGGACUGGGAAAACCAGUACGAUUUUGGCGUGUGUAAAACGGUUGUAUUCCCCCACGCAAUUCAAAUCCAUGGUUCUCGAAUUAAAUGCUUCUGAUGACAGAGGGAUUAAUAUAGUUCGUGGGCAAAUAUUAAAUUUCGCUUCUACUAGGACUAUUUUCAGUGGUGCUUUUAAAUUAAUUAUUUUAGAUGAGGCUGAUGCCAUGACCAAUGACGCGCAAAAUGCUUUAAGGAGAAUUAUAGAAAAAUACACUGAAAAUGUCAGAUUCUGCCUUAUAUGCAACUUUCUGAGCAAAAUAAUCCCUGCAGUACAAUCGCGUUGCACGAAAUUUCGCUUUGCUCCUUUGUCUUCUGAUCAAAUUCUUCCUAGGCUAAACCUAAUCAUACAAAAUGAAUCACUGAAAGCGACAGAAGAUGGGAAAAAAGCUUUGCUUGCUUUAUCCAAAGGAGAUAUGCGAAAAGUUGUUAAUACAUUGCAAAGCACUUCUAUGGCAUUUGAUAUUGUUAACGAAAUUAAUGUUUACACAUGUGUUGGACAUCCACUUCGAAGCGAUAUUGAACGGAUUCUGCUUUCCUUAAUGUCAUCAACUGAAUUUGAGAAAUGUUAUAAUGGUAAAUAUAGCUGGAGUUAUAUAGAAAAUCUUAGGAAUAAACUCGUUUUUGUUUCAGAAAUUACGAAAAUAAAAGCUGAUAAAGCUCUCGCUCUCGAAGAUAUAUUAGUAGAAAUACAACUUUAUGUUAUGAGGAUGGAAAUUCCAAUAAAUGUUUUAAACAAGAUAAUUGUUAAGAUAUCUGAGAUGGAAGAAAGAUUAUCUAAAGGUUGUAAGGAAAUUCCUCAAAUAACUGCAUUAAUAUCAACUUUUUUUAAGUGCCGGAAUAUGAUAACAAUUACUUCUUAAUUAUGCAUUAUAUCAAAGACAUUAUAAAUAUAAAAUAGUUCAACACGAACAAAAAAAAUUUUCAAUUUUUAUAAUCGGGUACCAAACAUUGGCAGAACAUAAAGUAUCACAUGUAAAAACAUUAACAAAAAUAAUUUACUCUCUGUGAAUUAUGAGUAUGCACUGGAAUAUAAUAAUCUUUAAUAAUAUAUUAUAUUCUAUAAUAUAGAAUUUAAAAAACAAUUGUACAGCAAAAAAUAGAUAAGCUAUGUUGGUAUAGACUGUGCUGAUAUGUGUAAGCAAAUGUUUAUUAAAUAUAAAAUGUAUAUGUUUCUGUAUUAUAUGUACACAAAUAUACAUAAUGUAUGUUGUUAUUUUGCUUUCAAAAAUA